AUGGCUCCAAAUAUAGAUAGGGUAAAAGGUGGGACUUUCCGAGCAUCGAACGUGUUUCCUGGUAACCGGCAUCUUAUCGAACUCGUCCCACCAAACUACGGGAUCUUCUUCGAGGACGUGACUUUUCGAGACAUUCUAUUCGACUCAAGCUUCAGAGGAGGGGGAAUUUUGGUAAUCAACUCAGCUCGUAUCCGUAUAACCAAUUGCUACUUCCUCCAUUUCACAACACAGGGGGUUAACGUCAAGGGAGGCCACGAGACAUACAUUUCAAACUCCUUCUUCGGACAACAUUCAACAGUAGGGGGAGACAAAAAAGAACCAUCAUUCUCCGGGACGGGAAUCGAUCUCUCUAGCACCGAUAACGCCAUUACUGAUGUAGUAAUCUUCUCCGCUGGGAUCGGUAUCUCUUUGAGUGGCGAGGCCAAUAUGGUCACGGGAGUGCAUUGCUACAAUAAGGCCACAUGGUUCGGUGGAAUCGGCAUACCAGUGAAGUCACAUUUAACGAGGAUAGACAAUUGUUAUCUUGAUUACACAGGUAUAGUCAUUGAAGAUCCUGUUCACGUUCAUGUCACAAACGCUCUCUUCAUAGGAGAUGCGAACAUCGUGUUGAGAUCGGUACACGGGAAGAUCUCCGGGUUAAACAUCGUCAACAACAUGUUUAGGAGUAAAUCAAGAAAAAAUUUCCCCAUCGUGAAAGUGAAAGGAAAUUUUCAUGAGAUUGAUCAAGUUGUGAUUGAUCAGAACAACAUAUCAGGGAUGAUGUUGAAGUCAACGAUAGGGAAGUCAAAGGUUUAUGGUAAUGGGACAAGAUGGGUCGUUGACUUUUCACAUGUCUUGGUAUUCCCUAACCGGAUAAACCAUUACCAGCAUUCGUUUUUGGUUCGGUCGGGACAGAUUGUUGCGAGUGCAGUGACAGAGGUUUCUAAUAAUGUGGUAGUUGUAGAAACUGAUAGAGCUGUAGCUGGAACUAUUUCAGUAAUUGUUCAUCAGUAA